AUGGAAGGUCGCGCUGAGCAAAACAGUUGUGCCUCGUUUCUACUGGAAGACAUUUUACUCUUCACCACGGCGAUGGGCACAGCGGUUGACCUUCAUCAGUCAACGUCACUCUUUGAGGAGGUGAAAAGCUUUACUGCACCUCUAGACGUAAUGACGAGCGACAACGGAGGGAACGAGGGCCAAUCGAAGGCGGAGGGUAACAGCAAGGAAGUUAUGAAUUCUGUUCCUGGUUCUGUUGUGGCAGAAGCGUCAAAGCCCGCCGGUCCCGUUAUCAAGCCUCGUACCACCAGUCUAAAGUCACAACCCGAAGAGCCCGUACGAAGUACUUCACCGGAACCAACUUCCUGGACCGCAUUUAUCAGGAAUCGAGCCAGCCUUCUGGGCCUCGGUAGCUCGAACGACCGAAAAUAUGACAUCAGCUCAGAGUCGGAUGAUGAUUUAGGGUAUCCAGGUCUUACCUCACCUUCACGGCGCAGACACGAAAAGGGUAACCACACUGAGAGGAUUCUCUCUGAUCUUGACGAGGAGUCAGUCGAAUUUCUGCUGUCAAGGCUAGAUAUUGAAAAUCAAGCGCUGGCGCUGAAUCCCAAGACCAUCUAUGUUGAAGGAGGGAACAUUCGGGGACACCAGCCUACGCUACAGGCUCUAACAGUAAGCCUAACCCACUAUUCAACAAAACCCCCUGGUCCAGCUCAAGAACAAGAUGAAGCCGAUAUCGAUUUUUGGAACUCUAUCAUCGAAGAUUAUGCGUCCACCUUACAUAAGAUACCGCACUUACUCACGGCAAGAGUGCGUGCUGGCAUACCUCCACAUUUACGAGCAAAGAUCUGGACCAUCAUGUCCGGAGCACAAAAGGACCGCUUCGAUUCCUUAUAUCCAUUACUCUUGAAGCAGGAUAGUCCUUUCGACAGAAUCAUAAGACGGGAUAUCCCGAGGACAUUUCCAAAAUUAGACAUGUUCAAAGAGGAAGGGGGCGAGGGACAGCGGAAGCUUUACCAGCUUUUGAAAGCUUAUAGUAUCUACGACGCCGAAGUAGGAUAUUGUCAAGGCCUCAGCUUCGUUGUUGGACCACUACUGAUGCAAGAUAUGUCGGAAACCGAAGCUUUUGCGGUUUUGGUACGGCUAAUGGAAGACAAACCACCUGCGGCUAAAUCUGCAAGCAAUGGCAACCAUCACCCUCACCGUGCUUACGCCCUUCGGACACUGUUUACCCCAGAUAUGUCUGGCUUACAUCAAAUGCUGUAUCAACAUUCCGAGUUAGUGCGGGAGCAUCUUCCUGAUCUGUAUGGGCACUUCCAAGAGCAUGGCGUUACCGCAACCAUGUACGCCUCACAAUGGUUCCUCACACUUUAUACAUAUCAUUUCCCGCUUCCUUUGGUAUUCCGGAUUUUUGAUAUUAUCUUUGCGGAGGGGGCCGUUGAAACAAUGCUCCGAUUCAGUAUAGCCAUUCUGAAGCGGAAUCAGUUGCGGCUUCUUGAGGAGUCCGAAUUCGAGAACAUUUUGGAGAUUCUCAAAGGAGAUAGACUUUACGAAGUCUAUCAGGACGAUCCAGAAGCGGUGGUCAGAGAUGCCAUGGAGGUACAAGACAUCGUCAGUGAGAGGAAGCUGGAAGGUCUCCGUCAAAGCUACACCGAAGAACAGCGCAAAAGGGCGGCAACGAUGUCGGAUGCAGAGUUAGUGGCUCUUCAAGCCUUGAUAAGGCAGCUUCGCGCCGAGACUUCGCGCCACCAGCAGUCAUUAACUGAAAUGGGUAGGGAAAAUGACCGCCUUUCAAAGGACAAUCAAAACCUGCGAGCAAAGUUGGUAGAGGCAGAGAAGGGGAUUGAGGAGAAGGAGGAGGAAUGCAAGCAGCUAAGGCUCAGGCUGAAAGAGCUGGAAUCAACAGUCAAUCCGCCUCAGGAUUCUGAUGUGACCAACGAUGCACCGAUUGAAAGUAGCGAUAGCGCAUAAGGGGGCUCGAGCAUAGUCCUGGACGCUUUUUGGUUUGUGUACAUAGCAUGUCUUUAUAUAUCACUCGAGCACGGUAGCUGUGUUCAUCAGUUUUUUUCCUCUAAAUUACCUUUGACACUGCAGCGACAGGAGUACGGAUCCAUCUCAUGGUAU